UAGCUACUGGCUUCAUUAGUUGUCUUUUUUCCCAUUUCUUCACAGAUCACCAUGGACAAAGUUGCACUGACACUAACUCUCUUUGGCCUUCUCUUCACCUGUGUCAACUUGGCUGCUAAAAACAAGAAACAAGAUAUAGAUAUUUACAGCUUCCACAUUAACUCUACGGUCACCAGCCGCUACGCUACUACAGUCAUCACAAGCCGUGUGGCAAACCUGUUGAAUCAGUCUCAAGAGGUCCAUUUUGAGGUCAAGAUUCCCAAGGAUGCCUUCAUCAGCCAGUUUAGAAUGACCAUAGAGGGAAAGACAUAUGAUGGGGUUGUGAAGGAAAAAGAAGAAGCUCAGCAGCAAUACAAUCAAGCAGUAUCUCGAGGACAAAGUGCUGGACUGGUCAGUGCUGUUGGAAGGACUUUAGAGGACUUUAAAACUUCAGUGACGGUGGCUGCUUUUAGUAAAGUGACCUUUGAGUUGACCUACGAGGAACUGCUAAAGCGCCGCCUCGGCAAAUAUGAGCUACUCAUCAAUGCCCAACCGAUGCAGCCGGUGGCUGACUUCAAGAUUGACGUACACAUCCAUGAGAAUAUAGGAAUUUCAUUCUUGGAGGUCAAAGGUGGUCUGAGCACUAAGGAUUUGACCAAUGCCAUCACAACCAUCAGAGCAGAUAAAGAUGCAUGGGUGAAGUUCUACCCCACUCGUGACCAGCAAACAAAGUGUGAUGACUGUAGUAAAAAUGGUCUGAAUGGCAACCUGAUCAUUAUGUAUGAUGUUGAGAGACAAAAACAAAGUGGAGAUCUGAGGGUAUCAAAUGGCUACUUCGUCCACUACUUUGCACCUACAGAUAUUCAGCGCAUUCCCAAAAAUGUGGUGUUUAUCAUUGAUCGAAGUGGCUCUAUGUCAGGCAAAAAAAUAGAGCAGACUCGUUUGGCAAUGCUGAGGAUUUUGAGUGACCUUGCUGUGGAUGACCACUUUGGAUUGAUCACGUUCAGUGGUCACAUUCAAACCUGGAAACCUGAACUCCUAAAAGCAACUGAAGGACACGUGGAAGAAGCGAAGAUGUUUGUGAAGAGGAUUACGAGUGGAGGAUCCACAGACAUAAAUACUGCAGUGCUAAAAGCUGUGGACAUGAUAAACAAAUACCCACAAGAGGGAUCCGCAUCUAUCCUGAUCCUGUUGACUGAUGGAGACCCCACUACAGGCGAGACUAACCCAUUGAAGAUUCAGGAAAAUGUGAAAAAGGCGAUUGGUGAAAAAUUCCCUUUGUACAGUUUGGGAUUUGGGUUUGAUGUCAGCUUUGAGUUCCUGAAGAAGUUGUCGUUGGAAAAUAACGGUGUUGGUCGCAUUAUCUAUGAGGAUUCUGAUGCUGAUCUACAGCUGCAGGACUUCUACGAGGAAGUGGCCAUCCCGCUCUUGACUGAUGUCCACCUUAACUACCAAGGGGUGGCCAAUUUAACCCAAUCCACUUUCAACCAGUACUACAAUGGUUCUGAGAUUGUGGUAGCUGGUCAGAUCACUGAUAACAGUUUGGAAAGUUUCACCACUGAGGUCAUUGCAAUAUCGAAAAGCACUAAGGUGGUAUAUCAUAGCAGUGUACUUACAGGGGACCUCAGUAGUGACAGACCUGAACACGAGAACUUCAUUAAAAGAUUAUGGGCCUUUCUUACAGUGAAGCAGCUAUUGGAGAAAAUGGUGCUUCUAAAAGACCUGGAAAAAGAAAACGCAAAGAAAGAAGCCCUUGAUCUUUCUCUGGAGUACAAAUUUGUCACACCGCUUACAUCGAUGGUGGUCACCAAGCCCCAGGAUGAGGAAAUACAGGUUGCCCACAAACCCAAAGAGGGAGAAAAACCAAAUAGGCAUUCAUCAGGAAGUACUAAAAUAUCAAGAAGACAAAAGGCCUUGUUCAAACGCGUAAUGUCUCCAGGUCAUGCGCUUCUUUCUACCAGUGGUGUAGGGCCAUACGACUCCCAGAUCCUAGUGAGACAAAGACCCUCUCUACGGCAUCUUAACAUGAACGGUGUAGCCCUACGAAUAGAAAGUCCAACUCAGAAACCUCUGACAACCUCUCCUCCAUCGAGGAGCAUUAGGAUCUUGAAAUCUUCUGGUAAUGCUCAUCCACUUUGUUAUGAUGUUCCUCUUGCUCAGAAAGUCAGACUCCAACAGAAUGUCCCAUCAGAUUUCUGUAUGAAUGGGCAACUUGAGUCAUUUGGAGGAAAAGGCUUCAGUCAAAUUGCAAUUCAUUACAAAACUAAUCACCACCUUCUGCUCAGCGCUACUGAAAUUAUCUACAAUGAUGGGCAGAAAACGGUUAAGUUUUCAUGGGAGCAAGACCUCACCCACCAUGAGAGAGAAAAUGUCUCUCUGAUUCUACGGAGCAAUGAAAUGGACGUUACCAUGGGAAACAUCCGCGUUGUUAUUCUUCUUCAUAAAAAAGACGGUGACAUUUUUCUGUGGCCUGCCAUUUGGCAACAACCAAAAGAUGUCAGUUUGAUGGGUAUUUUAGGAGAGGCUGAUAUUUCAUAUGAGGAGAUCCCAGGAUCACAAACCCCAACUUUGAAGUUAAAGGACCAAGAAGUGAAGACAUCUUGGGUGAUGGUGAAGGACUACAGACUUGCUUCUGCUCCUGUGGUUGGAUGUUGGCUUGUACCAUUCCAGGCUGUUGCGCAGCAAGAGCUCGCUGACUUCACUGUCACUCAGCUGUAGAGUUCAGCAAAAAUCAUUUUUAUUGUCCAUUAUCGUGCUGACCUUUUCAAUAAUAUAACAUAUUCUUUAAAUGGGCAUUGUUGGUCAA